UCCAGUCAGUCGUUCGUCGAGUGUUGAGCCGGAAACAUCGUGAUAAAUCUAAAGCUUGUUCCCCCUGCUAAGUGGAAGCAGCAUACCUGCGCACCAGUGAAGGAAGAGGAUAACUUCUUUCUAAGAAAACUCUUAAGAGUGUAAUAAGUAUCUAGCAAUUAUUUAAGGCUUAGACAAGUGAGAAUUGUUAAAUAAUAAACUUAAAGAUUCUUGCCAUUUGCGGUGUAGUGAUAAAAAAAUAACGACGUGUAACUCACCAAAGGUGAAAAAGUUGCAACUGUUGUUGAUAAAAGUCUGCGCAUAGCAAUUAAAGACAAGCAACAGCGUGAGCAAAAAGAAACCAGGAUAAUUAUUAGCUGAAACGAAGUAGCAGCAAACUUCAACCCCGUGCGAUAAGACUAAAACGCCAUCUAAACCAACAAUAAGGUUUCCUGCCAUUGCCAUAUUUUCGUGGACAUCUUCCAUUGCUGUACGAUGACGUCACUGAUGCUGAUUGACGAUAGUUCCUCAGAUCGCGAGCUACAGCGAGAAAAGUACAUCCGCGAGCUCACAAAAACGUUCACUGGAAUAGAAAAACCUCUGAAAAAUGCACCGACCUGUGAAACAUUAUCCCAUCUUAUCAGUGAACUGCACAAAGCCUUCGCCGCUGAUCACGUAAACAUCGAGUACGUUAAUCAUCUAAUGCUGAGCUACAAGUCUAAUCCAACGGAGUGGCGGAGAUUUGCUAAAUUCGAUCGAUUCAGGUAUACUCGGAAUCUAGUAGACGCUGGCAACGGAAAGUUCAACUUAAUGAUCCUCUGCUGGAAUGAAGGUCACGCCUCUGCCAUCCAUGAUCACGCUGAUUCACAUUGUUUCAUGAAAAUGCUCAAAGGAUCACUGUGCGAAAUUCGCUAUGCCUGGCCCAAGGAUACCACUGUGAAUGAAGAUACUUCCGCUGACAUUGGUAACGGCAAUGCAUCAGAGGAGAAGGAAUACAAUGGUGAUGAAUUGGAGGAAAUCUCUCGUUCUACAAUGGAAACGAACGGUGUCUGUUACAUAAAUGAUACUCUUGGCUUGCAUCGUGUCGAAAAUCCAAGCCAUGCGGAUGUGGCAGUUUCUUUGCAUCUGUACUGUCCUCCAUUCGAUACAUGUUCGAUUUUCAACAAACAGACUGGCAAACGAACCAAAUGCAAGGUUACGUUCUGGAGUAAAUACGGCAAACGAGAACCUCAGCCCAACUAAACCAAUAGACAUGCUCAGUUUACCAACAAAGUGUGAAGCUUUUAAAGCUAUGGAACGACGAGUGAGAUUGUAAAAGUUAAACCAUUCCAAUUUUUUCUAUGUUUUAAUAUUUAAAAUAAGCAAAUAUUCUUAUUACUAGUGCUACCCUAAUCGACAAACAUUGAUAUUUGAUAACAUUUUUUUAAAUUAAGAAAUAUAUUUAAAUAUAGAAUAAAACUUGUGCCAU